AUGGUCAAGCCCUUGACAUUCAAGGGUGACAAAAAGCCCAAGAAGAGAAAGCGGACCGAGGUGGAGGCCCAGGACCGCGAUGCGCCUUCUUCUGAAGUAGCCCGCACUGGGGCUGCCUCCGCAGCUGGGCAAGAUGACGAUGCGGAAAACGACGACAGUUGGGUGUCCGCCGACGUGGUGACAGACGUUGUCGGGCCCAUCAUGUUUGUGUUGCCUACGGAGCCACCCGCCGCCCUUGCAUGCGAUGCCAAUGGCAAGGUCUUUACGUUGGGAAUCGAAAAUAUCGUCGAUGGCAACCCGGUGACUGCGGAGCCGCAUGACGUGCGGCAAGUCUGGGUUGCAAACAGGAUAGCAGGGACAGAGCAAUUCAGGUUCAAGGGACAUCAUGGACAAUACCUUGGAUGCGAUAAGAACGGCGUGUUGUCGGCGACGUCGGCGGCUGUGUCACCGCUCGAAUCUUUCAACAUAAUCGCUACGGCCGACACUCCGGGUACUUUCCAGAUCCAGACGCUACGUGACACCUUUUUGGCGGUCAAGCCCCCGAAGCCCAAUGUCACAACAUCCGACGUCAGAGGCGACGAAGAAUCCAUCACUUUCAACACUACAUGGCGAAUCAGGAUGCAGGCAAGGUUCAAACCACGAAUCAAGGCGAGUAAGGAAGAAAAGGCCAAGGAGAAGAUCAGCCGCAAAGAGCUCGAGGAGGCUGUCGGUCGCAGGCUUGAGGAUGACGAGGUUAGGAGGCUGAAAAAGGCAAGGAGGGAGGGAGACUAUCACGAGCAGCUGUUGAUGCUCAAAGUCAAGGGGAAGCAUGACAAGUAUGGCUAA